AUGGCCAUAUCACCAGAGGAACCCGCUAUCGAUGUCAGGAAGCUGUGCUUCUCCUACCAAGGCAACAACUCGGAGGGCGUAUCGGGAGAGCAAACGCUCGAGGACAUCGAUCUCGACCUCCCGCAAGGAGCACGAUGCCUGCUCAUCGGAGCCAACGGUUCCGGAAAAUCCACCCUGCUCAGGAUCCUCGCGGGGAAAAAGUUGACCAAGACCAAGACCGCCCGUAUCAUGGGACAGGACGUCUUUAUGAACCCUCCCGGGGGCGUCGUUUACUUGGGUACCGAGUGGGCCAACAACCCAGUGAUUCGGAGCGACAUUGGCGUCGCCCACUUUCUCGAUUCCGUAGGUGGUUAUCGACACAAGGAGCGACGUGAUGCCCUGCUCGACCUGUUGGACGUGGACCUCGAGUGGCGAAUGCACCAGAUCUCGGACGGAGAGCGUCGACGAGUUCAGCUCUGUAUGGGAUUGAUGGGCAACUGGGACGUUCUCCUUCUCGACGAGGUGACGGUCGACCUGGACGCUCUCGUUCGAGCUGAACUCUUGGCAUUCUUGGUCAAAGAGAGCAAAGAGAGGGGUGCGACAAUCGUCUAUGCCACCCAUAUCUACGAUCACAUCGAGACCUUCCCGACUCACAUCUGUCACCUUCGUUUGGGCCGUACUCCCGACGAGAUGGUCACCUAUACCCCGUCGUCGACGAUCAUGGAGGACUCGGUCGCUGCUGAAGAGAAGCGAGGCGAGCUUCUCGGAAUUGCGCUCAAGUGGUUGCGCGAGGACAGGGAAGUCCGCAGACAGCGAGACAAGGAGCGUGGAAGGGAGAGAGGUGCCAAGAGCGGGGCUGAUGUGAGUAAAACGACUGAGGCGCACAUAAGAAAGGGCUUCAGGGCCAUCCUGACGCUAUCGCUUGUUCAUGGCAAACAGACCCGGGACGCAAAGACGUUUUAUGAAAAGUAUGAUUACAACGCGGGUAAGAAUUAG